GGCUGCAGGAGACAUGUGCACCUCAGAAACCUCACCGUCCUUAGGAACCAAAGGCAAACCCGACUCCCCACGCCAUGGCUUGCUGUAUUGCCCGCUGCUGCAGCGUCCCCACCGGCCCCGCCACCACCAUCUGCACCUCUGACAAAUGCUGCCGCUGCGGAGUCUGCCUGCCCAGCACCUGCCCCCACACGGUUUGGCAGCUGGAGCCAACCUGCUGUGACAACUGCCCCCCACCCUGCCACAUUCCUCAGCCCUGUGUGCCCUCCUGCUUCCUGCUCAACUCCCCCCAGCCAACCCCAAGCCUGGAGACCCUCAACCUCACAACCUAUGUCCAGAGCAACUCCUGUGAUCCCUGCAUCCCAAGAAACUGCUGAUGGACAGCAGCUCUGCUCAGCACCUGAUACUGAAGACGUCAACCCAGAAGAAGUCUUAGUGGUCACCUGUCUCAGCACCUGUAACUAAUUUACUCCGUCUUAGAAGAUGGAACAGAAAUGCUGGAUCAAUGAUAACCUCCCCACCCUACUCCCUAAAAAAAUAGAGAAACCAAGAGACCUUCAAUGCCCAUGUAGCUGUUCUCUGUAACCAUGUAACCAAGCGUACUUUGAGUAGCCAACGGCCAUGGACUUCCCAAACUUGUUGGAUUCCUUCAUAUUAAAGGGUAUCAUUCUUUGGGUGCUUUGGGAAUUCUGUUUCCAGUUCUAGGUGGUAUAUUUCUGGAAACUGAAGAACUUCUUCAUCAUCAUUCUAAUAAAUUUUGUGUCUCUGGCAUAGCACAAA